CUGCAGGAAGCCGGCCGGCGGGAACGCCCUGCCGGGUGGGUGGGAAAGGCCGCGAGCGCGCCCCGCACCGCCCGUUUCCCAGGCCCGCCGCGGCGCGGAGCUGUCACUGCGGCAAACGCGCCGCCUCCCCGCCGCCGCCCGCCUCCCGGAGUCCAGAUUCAGGAACGUGCCGCAGCCCGGGUCCUCCCUGCGCCAGCGCCCCACCCGCGCCGGGGAGGAAACGGGGGCCGGCGCGCUCCGGGGGCACUUGAGACGCUGAGUCCCCAGGGCUGCUAGGUCAGGAGGCAGCUGCCACUGAAAAGGAGUGAUUGAUUUCAAGACAGUAAGCGUCAGGGGAGUAGCCAGAGGUAUUGACUGAAGCUUAAAUUACCUAAAUGAUAUAUUCAAACGAAAAGAAAGAAGAAAGGAAAAAGGAAAAAGUUCUUGUGACUGAUAAUGAUUUCCAGCUGCCAACAAAGGUGGUGGAUACCAAGAGAAAGGUAACCAUUUCUCAUCCUCCUGAGUGGAAUUGGCUGCCUCUAGGAGCCCACAGUGGCUGGCAGGAGAGAUGGCUGAAUUAGCAAGCUAUAAGGAUUCUGCCUCCAGCCGCCACCUGCGAUUUAAGUUACAGAGUCUGAGCCGCCGCCUUGAUGAGUUGGAGGAGGCCACCAAAAACCUCCAGAAAGCAGAGGAGGAGCUCCUGGAUCUGCAGGACAAGGUGAUUCAGGCGGAGGGCAGCAACUCCAGCAUGCUGGCUGAGAUUGAAGUGCUGCGUCAGCGGGUGCUGAGAAUUGAAGGCAAAGAUGAAGAAAUUAAGAGAGCAGAGGAUCUGUGUCAGCUGAUGAAGGAGAAACUCGAAGAGGAGGAAAACCUCACCCGGGAGCUGAAAUCAGAGAUUGAGCGGCUUCAGAAACGCAUGGCCGAACUAGAAAAGCUGGAGGAAGCCUUUAGCAGGAGUAAGAAUGACUGUACCCAACUCUGUUUAAGCCUGAAUGAGGAGAGAAAUCUGACAAAGAAAAUCUCCUCAGAGCUGGAAAUGCUCAGGGUUAAGGUGAAAGAACUGGAAUCUUCUGAGGAUCGGCUGGAUAAAACUGAACAGAGUUUGGUGUCAGAGCUGGAGAAGCUAAAAACAUUGACUCUGCACUUCGUCAGCGAGAGAAAAUACUUUAAUGAAAAAGACAAAGAAAAUGAGAAGUUAAUUAAAGAGCUCACUCAAAAACUGGAACAGAACAAAAAAAUGAACCGAGAUUAUAGCAGGAAUGCUUCGAAUCUUUUGGAAAGGAAUGACCUGCGGAUCGAGGAUGGCAUCUCCUCCACGUUGCCUUCCAAAGAGUCAAGAAGGAAAGGCACGCUGGACUACCUGAAGCACGUAGAGAAUGAAACAAGAAACAGGUCAGAAAACGAAAAGAACCGAAAUCAGGAAGACAACAAAGUCAGAGACUUGAACCAAGAGAUCGAGAAACUUAAGACACAGAUCAAACAUUUUGAGUCUCUGGAAGAAGAGCUGAAGAAAAUGCGGGCCCGAAAUAAUGACCUUCAGGAUAACUACCUGACCGAACAGAAUAAAAACAAGCUCCUCGCCAGCCAGCUGGAGGAGAUAAAGCUGCAAAUCAAGAAACAGAAGGAGCUAGAGAAUGGGGAGGUGGAAGGGGAAGACACUUUCCUGAACAGCAAGGGCAGGCAUGAGAGGACUAAGUUCAGAGGCCACGGGAGUGAGGCAGCUGUGUCCAAGCACACCCCCCGAGAACAGUCUCCUCAGCACAAGCGGGAGAGGCCCCGCUGUAGGGAGUUUCCUCUUAGCAAUGAAAACUAUUCUCUGAGCAACAGGCAGGUUUCUUCUCCCAGUUUCCCCAGCAGGAGAACAGGAAAAGCAUCCAACAUGGGGGCAGGAGCAGACAGUGGGACUCAGGAGACAAAGAGAACCGAAGACCGAUUUGCAUCCGGCUCUGCUCAGAGUGAAGGGAAGAAGUCCAGGGAGCAGCCCUCGGUGCUUAGCCGCUACCCACCCGCAGCUCAGGAGCACAAUAAAGUUUGGAAGGGGGCUGCCAAACUGGGCACGGAGAGUGGGCUGAAGGGGAAAGUGGAAAAGACAACACGAACAUUUGGAGACUCCACCCAUGGAUCUGUUCCCGGUGACGUUUUGGGUAGAGCUGACAAGGCUCCCGAUGCCGCCUCUGAAGCCCUCUAUGGCAAGAGGGGUCAAGGGUCUGGCAAUGGAAGUCAGAUAACUCAGGCCACUGAGUCAAGCAGUUCUAAGGCUGUUGGAGCUCUGGCCUCUUCUAAAAGAGCUUCCCCAGAGGGGUUUUCUAAAGGCAAAAAAGCACCCAAUGGACUGGAGUCUGAUACGGGUUCCCCAACUUCUAAGACACCGCCUUUAUCAAAGUAUCCAUUUAACUCCAAAAGCCAAGAGAACAUCCUUCAGGGCGGUUCAGCCUCAAAUAAAGGACUUGAUCAGCCAGUAGCGGUUGUGACAGAAGACAGCAGCCAGCAUGAGGCCUUGAGGUGUCGAGUCAUCAAAUCCAGUGGCAGAGAGAAGGCCGACUCAGAUGACGACAUGGACGUGGCCUCUCUCGUUACUGCCAAGUUGGUCAACACAACCAUCACCCCCGAGCCUGAGCCCAGACAACAUUCCAGCUUGAGGGAAAAAGCCAAACCCCGUGGGGGCCUUCGAACCGCCCUGUUUGAGAAUGAUAAAGAUGCUGGGACAGAAAAUGAACCUGUGAAAGCCGUCAGAGCCUGUGGCAACGCGGUGGAGCCCCCAGACACCAUGAGCACUGGGGGAAAAAGUCAGCGGCCCUUCAGCCCCCGAGAAGCCUUGCGGUCUCGAGCUGUCAUCAAGCCCAUCAUCAUCGAUAAGGAUGUGAAGAAAAUCAUGGGCGGAUCAGGAACUGAGAUCCCACUGGAGAAGCCAAAGCCCUCCUCCAAGUCAGGGCCAAACAAAGUGACCAGCAGCAUCACCAUCUACCCCUCGGACAGAGCCGCCCCCGCCGAGGCCCCACGGGAGAGGCACACGUCCACCAGCAACAUCCAGGUUGGGGCCGCAGAGCCGGCAGCUGCGGGCAAUCAUGUCAGCUCCCCCUUUGAGCUCUCCUUCCACAAACAUGACAUCACUAUGCAGUUCACAGAUGUGGAGAGAGUGGGAGAUGGGCCCCUGAAAAACAGGCCCGAAACGGUGGUGUCUCGGAGUAGCAUCAUCAUCAAGCCAUCCGACCCUUUGGAGAGGAAUAGCCACGUGCUCCCAGCGGAGACAAUCAGCCCGAAAAGCCACAGUGCCCCCUCAGAAAUGGGCUCUGCUGAUGCCAGGCACGUUACUGUGCGGAAUGCUUGGAAGAGUCGGCGGGACUUGAACUCUUGCGAAGAGUCCCCAGCUCGGAUAGGGAAGAAUAUGGAGUCUACCAAUGCCUACACACAGAGGGCCGCCACAGACUACUCAGACCUUGAACAGUCCAGGUCCUACCUUUCUGAGCAGGGCACUCGAAGGGUAGGAAAUUCUGGAGAUGCCCCAGAGCUGUCCUCCAGAAGGACCCAAAGUAGCCUCACCGUGGCCGAGGUGCUCACGCGUCGGAAUCGGGCGGGAGACACGCCCACGGCUGCAGCCUGGAACCACUCGGCCGGCCUGGAGGAAGGUGAGGACUGCACACUCAGUAUCUACAAGCGACUGCACAACUCCCUGGAACGGUCUGAACUGCCCGCCAAGCAGGGGCUGCCAGAGCUCGGGCGAGUACGGGCCGAGGAACGGUUACGGCCCAGCAGGCCCUGUGCUGAGGAAAACUGAGCCAGCUGGUGAGGACUUCAUCUCCUAUGCUCCUGUUUCUCAGCUGUUCCACCUCCCUGCCCUGUGACGGAUCCCAAGCCAGUUGACCAGGCUAGACUCCAGGCCUUGGCUGAGACUGGCAGAAAGCCAGGCUGUGGCUCAGGGCAUUUUGCCUGUUGGCUGGAUGGGAUCAGAGACUACAAGUUGGACUGUCUCCUAGACCCAGCCCUCCCUGACGCAUGAGUCCUCUCCUUGUCCCUUUACCCCAGAUAGAAUGGACCAUUCUGGCCCCCAAGGGGGGAAAGAUACCCAGAUCCUUUGUUAUCCCCUCCCCACAGCAGCAGCUGAAAGCUCUCUGGGUUAUCAUAGGGCAACCCCUUCUCUUCGUCCAUGUUCUGACUUGUCUUCUCAUUGCAUCCAGUUCACUCUGUUUGCCCUAAGGCCACAUACCAAGACUAAACCAUCAGAUCCAUCUAGGGGGCUUUCGUUCCUUUUCCCUUUAGAGUUGAGAGGUCUGUGCUGCCUCUAAGAGACAUUAUAGGAUUCCCCUUUAAGUUGAUGCUUCUCUGACCUGGCCCCUUAUCUAACCAUUGUUUCCUGGGGGCAGAGCACACGGGUACCCAUCUGUUGGAAUGACAUCCCUCCUCCUGGCCCGGUGCUCUGCUCAUUUUCCAAAGGCACCUGCAAGUGCACAAGCCUCAUGCAUUGUUCUCUGGGCACCAAUAAUGCUGCUCCUCUCCUGUGGCUGGAGACUUCAGGCUGACUUCAUUGUUUCCACCUUAGGAAUAUCUCCAGACUAAACUGGGCCUGACCCAGAAUACUUUGCCUUCUAAGAAGUGCCCAGCAAAGGGAAAAGCAGACAAGAAGAAGCAAUUUCCCUUUAGUCACUCCACAAAGCAAUAGCUCCAUGAAAGGCAUGGACUUUGUUCCUCCUCACCCCCAUGGAGGAGGCCUCGCACUUUACUGAGCUGAUGCAUUCCUAUGGAAGUGGGUCCAUGAUUUCUGCCAAGGCUGUCAGUAAAACGACUUAAUUGGAGAAAAGGUGAUACAUGUUCAUCUGGGGCUGCAGGCACGUAUCUAAUUCCAAACACAGCAGAUGUUUUAGGACGCCAUAUAAAUAAAAAUUGUUUAGUUUCAUUAUACCAGUCACAAGAAAAAAAAAAAAAGAGAACCUUAUCUUUU